AUGCCAACGCCGGUCAGCUCAGCCAGGCAAUGUUUAACUGACGAGGCCGCGCGUGCGUUGGAUGAUGCUGUAGCCGUCGCCCGCCGGCGGUGUCACUCCCAGACCACCUCUCUUCAUGCCGUCUCCGCUCUUUUAUCCCUGCCGACAUCCAUCUUACGUGACGCGUGUGCUCGGGCGCGUAGCUCCGCUUACUCCCCUCGUCUCCAGUUUCGUGCGCUUGAGCUCUGUGUCACCGUUUCCCUCGAUCGUCUUCCUUCUUCUAAAAGCAAAACAUCAGAUGACGAACCACCGGUUUCCAAUUCACUCAUGGCAGCAAUCAAACGGUCUCAGGCGAAUCAACGGAGGCAUCCGGAGACGUUUCAUUUGUACCAGAUGCAUCAACAGUUGCACAACUCUCAAUCCUCGUUGUCGUGUGUUAAAGUCGAACUCAAACACUUCAUCUUGUCCAUUCUCGAUGACCCAAUUGUUAGUCGGGUUUUCGGCGAUGCGGGUUUCCGAAGCACCGAUAUCAAAAUCGCAAUCUUACAUCCACCAACAGUUUCUGGGUUUCAGAAAUCCAUGAUGAGGUUUCCGCCUCUGUUCCUCUGUAACCUACCCGAUUCGAAUACCAAUCGGGCCGGGUUUAAUUUCCCAUUUGCUGUUGAUCAAGGAGAAGAAGAUUUCAAAAGAAUCGGGCAAGUCUUAGCCAAGAAAACCUCAAGAAAUCCACUCCUAAUCGGGGUUUCCGCUGACCAUGUCCUCGCUGGAUUCACAGAUUCUUUAAUGAUGGGUAAAACAGAUUUCUUGCCUACCGAAUUACAAGGAUUAAACGUAAUCAACAUAGAGAAGGAGAUCCGUGAGUUUCUUGUUGGGAAUUUGAGUGAAGAUAUGAUGAAUUUGAAGUUGAAGGAGGUAAGAGACAACAUCGACACCUGCACAAACUCCGGUGUGAUUCUCAAUCUCGGAGAAUUGAAGCUGUUUCUUUGA